GCAUUUUCGGCUGGUUUGAUUCAUCCAUUUUGAAGAGACGGGGGAGCGGGGGGCUCGUCUGAUUCAGGGACCCCGAACCAAGGAGCAGCGGAGUUUGAGACACCAGCAGCUCGGGACUCGGCGGCCGCGGCCUCCUUGGCCGAAGUUCGGGGGGGGUGGGGCGCCGAGUGCGCGGGGUGGGGGGGGUCGUGGUCUUUGGCUUCUCGACUCGGUCCUGUUUGGACAGCGAACAUGUCUCGGCCUGUCAGAAAUAGAAAAGUUGUUGAUUAUUCACAGUUUCAGGAAUCUGAUGAUGCAGAUGAAGAUUAUGGAAGAGAUUCGGGCCCUCCUGCUAAGAAAAUUCGAUCAUCUCCUCGAGAAGCUAAAAAUAAGAGACGAUCUGGAAAGAAUUCACAGGAAGAUAGUGAGGACUCAGAAGAAAAAGAUGUGAAGACUAAGAAGGAUGAUUCUCAUUCAGCAGAGGACAGUGAAGAUGAAAAAGAAGACCAUAAAAACGUGCGCCAACAACGACAGGCAGCAUCUAAAGCAGCUUCUAAACAGCGAGAGAUGCUCAUGGAAGAUGUUGGCAGUGAAGAGGAGCCAGAGGAAGAAGAUGAGGCACCAUUCCAAGAGAAAGAUUCCGGCAGUGAUGAAGAUUUUCUAAUGGAAGAUGAUGAUGAUAGUGACUAUGGCAGUUCAAAAAAGAAAAACAAAAAGAUGGUUAAGAAGUCCAAACCUGAGAGAAAAGAAAAGAAAAUGCCCAAACCCAGGCUAAAGGCUACAGUGACACCAAGUCCAGUGAAAGGCAAAGGGAAAGUGGGUCGCCCCACAGCCUCCAAGGCAUCAAAGGAUAAGACUCCUUCUCCCAAAGAGGAUGACGAGGAACCGGAAAGCCCCGAAGAAAAGAAGACCUCUGCAAGCCCUCCUCCCGAGAAAUCGGGAGAUGAAGGGUCUGAAGAUGAAGCCCAAUCUGGGGAGGAUUAAAAGUGAUGAUAAUGUGGGGAGAGAUUUUAUUAAAAAAAGAAAAAAGAAAAAAAGAGGGUAAAAAAGAGAACCUACUUAAGAUAGAAUAUGGUUCAUGGUUUGGGCUAUGGCUUGACUUUAACGGGCUUUCAGUGCUUUUUCCCAUGUGUUGAAAUAACCUCUCUCUCUCUCUCUCUCUCUCUCUCUCUCUC